UGUCAAAGAUCAUUCUACUGUUUGCUAUAUGUUGACCAAAGAAUGACAAAAUAAAGCACCCCAUCUUUAUCGUUGAAUUUUACGUCUCAUCUUUCUAAUUGAAUUUGGUGUUCUUCCAAACCUUUUUACCUUCCUCCUCUUUCUCUUUCCCUUAUAAUUCCUCUAUCUCCUCCCCGCCUAUAUCUCUCUUUUAGACCAAGAAGAUUAUAGAAUUGUGUAUAGCUCUUUUUAUACUAUAACCAGUUAGCUCAUACCUUUCUAGGUGGUGCUAAUUCCUUUAAUCAAACAGAAAUGCAUCGAGAACUCCAUCCAUACUUUUUGCUCUUAACUACCACAAUAUUUAUCUUGUUCUACAUACCGGGGUCUUUCUGUCAAGAUGACGAGCAAUUCAGAAUGUGUGGUGAGCCAUUUGGUUGCGGCGACAUGGAGAUAAAUUACCCUUUCUGGGGAGGGAGCAGACCAGAGUACUGUGGUGGUCAUCCAAGUUUCGAGAUCAAGUGCGAAAGUAACAUCCCCAAUAUUGUAAUCGAAUCAAAAACAUAUGAAGUGUUAGGGAUCAACAAUCCUAGUAGAAUACUUACUCUGGCUAGGGAUGAUUUACUGAGUAGUAAUCUUUGUUUGGACAACCCUGAGAACGCCUCCUUGAAUUUUAAUCUUUUCAGCUAUGUCUCCGGUGACCAAAAUAUUACUCUGUAUUAUGGCUGCACCCUCCGCUCUGGUUCGCAAAUAGUACCAACUUUUCCAAAUGCGUUCAAAUGCAAUAGCAACGUAUUUGGUAUAUACACAACGAUCGGCGUUCCCUUCGACUUAUCUACAGUGAGAUGUGAGAACCAAAUAAUAGUUACGGUCAAUCAAACGAAUGCUCUUGCAUUAGCUAGUGGUACAGCUUCCGUGGAAGUUCUGAAAACAGCAAUUUCUGGCGGUUUUUCAGUUAAUUGGACGGCAAGUAUUGAUACUAAGUGCCAACAGUGCACCGAGUCAGGUGGAAGAUGUGGAUCCAACCCGGAUUCCGCAGACUUUGUUUGUCAUUGUGAAACUGGUACUCAUCCAACCGACUGCCACGACGGACAACGCCAAGCUGGCGGUAAUCUUUUCUCCACUAUUCCCUCAUGAUUUUACUAGAACCUAUAGAUUAAUUCGAAUGUCUGAAUCACCAUUCCAGUCCUUUCAGCAAAGAAAUUAAGUUACAUACAUAUUCUUAAAACAAUUUGCAAUUAGUAUUGUUUUAUCAUAUUAUAACAGGUUAGUUAUAAUUUGAACCACAUACUGAUCAUAGGAUUUACUCGUAAUUACUUUAUAAAUGACUGAACAUAUAAUCAUGUUUUUCAUCUUUCAUAAAAUUAAACUUUCCACCAAAUUCUCCAGGCUUAAUCAUAAUUCCUAUCAUAAGCAAGCAUUUACUUUGGUCCAAAUUCCAUAUAAAACUCUAAUUUUUUUGGGUUCCAACCCUGCACGGAGUCAUUUUUGGUAGGAACGCUUUGCCUCCAAAGUGGGACUUCCGGUGCGAAUCUGAAUUCGUCUAGCCCAAAGUCGAUACUAAACACGGAAUGGAAAACCAAAAAAAUAAAAUAGCUAAAUUGUGACCUCGUCAGUGUUUAAUUUAUUUGGUCAAUUUUAUAAAAUUCCUCUUUCUGUUACUAUACUUUUUUUUGGCUCCCUCUUUUAACACCAAAAGUAAAGGCAUUGUCAAAACUCAGAAAGCUAUCUAAUUGUUUUAUAUGUUAGAGAUGCCAAUUAUCCUAAAUUUUUAGAGUUUGGACAUUGUUUUAUCCUAUAUUUAAAAAAUUAGGAGUAAUUUUCUUCUAUUAAUUGUUUCGAAAUGCCGAUUUUUCAUGUCUGCGCUAAGGUGAUGUUUUAUAUGUUAGAGAUGUCAACUAUCCUUUAAGAAAAAUUAAAAAAACAACGAAAUUUGAAUGAUUGGAAAAGUACAAUAGUUCUCUAACUACCCAAAAAGAAUAAUAUGUGUUUCUUUGGAUUUCAAACUUGGAUGGCGCUUGAAUAAAAUGACAGAAAGAAAAUAUUAUUCAAAGAAAGAUUGAGUUCACCGUUAGACUAUUCUCACCUAAUUUAUAAAUUAAUAAGGCCUCAUUUGUUUUCAUUAAGAUUAAGACGUGUGAAUUCGAAUGCACAUCUGAAUGAAUAAGUUGUCUCUAGAUCUGAACACUGAAUGAUUAAGACUAUUUUUUUUUUCAACAUCUCAAUGUGCAUAAUGUAUUUAUUUAAACGUAUUAAAUAUACAAUUCAAAUAAAAAUGUAACUAAAUAUUAGAAAAUAAAUACAAAUUUAAUAAAUUUUAAAUAUUAUUUGAUAAAAAAAUGAAAUAGUUACGUUUGCUAGUAAAGAUGUAGAUGUUUGUGGUGGUGGUGG